UUGUUUUGCUUCAGCCAACGAAUUUUGGAAGCCUUGCACCCGAUUGCACUUUCUGCAUUUGAAAAAUUGCUUAGACAGGUGCCAGGUUCUGGUUCCUUUGGCAAAAAAUAUGUUUGGGUUUAGGGGCUGCUUGAAAUGGCAGGAUAGUGGCUCGUUAUGGUUUCAUCACCAAACCGAAUGUGGACAAAGCCAUGUAUGAAAUAUUUCACAUACUCCUUUGUAUUUGGCUUUCAUUCGAGUGGAGGCAUCUGUUAUGAAGUGAACCUUAUUUCUUUUUAUUAUAAUGAAUCAUAUACUGAACCUUGCUUUGAUUGCCCUGUGCAACUUUUGUUUUGCUAUGCUUUUGUUGUGUUAAAAAGACAGUUACGUAAAGUAAGUUGGGUGUUGCGUGGCAGUGGUGGCGCCAGAGGGGGGGCAGGGGGGGCUACAGCCCCCCCGUCGGAGGAGGCUAGCCCCUCCGUCGGAAGAUAAAUUAUGCUUGAAUUUUUUUUGUCGGAGCGAAUUUUUUAAGUUUUGGCGGAAAUAGAAAUUUCUAAAAGGACUGUUAUCAGAAUUCAGGAAGCUCAUCCCAAAACAACUCAUCGACACAUCAAUUUCAUGGUAAAUAAUAAUCUGUUAUAAGAAGUUUGAAUUGGUUGUUUAGAUGUUCAGUACCAGGUGUUUUCCGCAUGCUGUUAAAUUUGAUCUUAUGUUAUGGAUAGUGCAGUUCGUCCAAAUCUUGCUUGCUAUAACCAACCUACAACAUCGGAAUAUUUUUGUGCGAUAGCGAUAUGGCAACAAAUGUUACCCGUUUCAGUGUUAGAUGUAGUAUAUGUAAUGACGUAUUUAACAAUGAUUACGCUGCCCGCCACACGAAGUCCAAGCACAAAGAUUUGGCUGCAAUGGGAAGGACUGCUCCUACGACGGCAAUAGUUGAAACGGACUCGCAGCAGAGAAAAAUAAAAACAUUUUUUCAAUCAAAAGGCGGUACUUUUCCAAAGAAACGAAAGGUUAAUGAUUUUGAAACUGAAAGAACAACAGAAGACCCCGAAGAACAAGAAGUUGAAAUUUCGAAAAUUCAAGACGAAGAGCAAAUCGAACGUGGUACAACUUCUAGCUUGGACCCCGAAGUCACGAAUGUAGAUGCUGACAACUACGUCACCAUUUCGGAAGCCGAACAGUCGAUGUCGGACAUUGUGGAAGCAGCAAAUGAAAGCGACAGCAACGAGGAUAUCGAGGAAAAUUUGGAACAGUUGGAACUCGAGUUGGAAGAUGAAGUUGAUCCUGCAGGAUUAUCAGCCGAAGCACUUCAAGGAGAUUCGAGAGGACCGCAACUUACACUAUCCGUCGCUGGCCCCAAGGACAUAUCCUCAACCAAAGACGGCGGACCUGUGCAGCCUCGUAAUAUUUCCUUCCCUACACAUUUGAUUGGCAAUCAGCAUCGCGCAUUCACACCUUUGCUGUAUGAAAAGUAUCCCUGGAUUGAGUAUUCGCAAAUGGAGGAUGCCAUCUUCUGUUUCCACUGUCGUAAUUUUUCAGAGAAUCGGAAGGAUCCAGCGUUUGUUAGUCAAGGCUUGCGCAAUUGGAAAAGAUGCUAUGGCACCAAAGUGAAUGAUAACAAACUCUUGCAACAUCAAACCAGCCAUCUUCAUGCCCAAAGUGUAGCUGCUAAAGCGCACUAUGAAAACGUUAAGUCUGGAAAUUUUCAGACCAUUGCCACACUUCAUGAUGCCGCUUAUUCGAAACUGGUUAAAGACAACAGGCAUUACAUGCGAGUGAUUUGCGAAGUCCUGCUUCUCACUGCUCAGCGGAAGAUUGCCCAACGUGAGACUGGAGGUUCAUUUCGUGUUGCCGAUAUAAAUAAAGAAGCUCUAGACUAUGGACCUUCUUGUGGUAAUUUUCUUGCGAUACUUGGUCUUCUUGCAAGGCAUGACCCAGUUGUUGCUGACAAAAUCCGCACUGGCCCGAAAAAUGCAAAGUAUACUCACCACAGCGUACAGAAUGCCAUCUUAGACAUUAUGAAAGACAUGGUUCUUGAGCAAAUAAAAAGUGAGCUCAAUAAGGCUCAGUAUUUUACCGUCCUUUCAGAUGAGUCUAAAGAUAGAAGCAAAAAAGAGCAGCUUGUUGUUGCAGUCCGUUACUGCUACGAGAAUGCCAUACAUGAGGAAUUUAUUGGCAUUGCUGAGGCGCAAAGUUUAGAUGCAGAUGGUCUUUCAGACACAAUAAUUGAACGAUUGCAACGCAUCGAAGCCAACAUGAAAGCAUGCGUGGGGCAAGGCUACGAUGGAGCUUCUGUUGUUUCUGGUCACCUGAAUGGCGUUCAAAGGAAACUUCCUCUGAAAACCGGUGCUGAAAUGGCUUACUACGUCCAUUGCUUUUGUCAUCGAUUGAACCUUGUGAUCGUCGAUGUUGUGAAAUCAAUCAGUUGUGUGGCAGACAUGAUAUCGCUAUUCAGAAGCCUGCAUUCUUUUCUGAGCAGCAGCACCGUUCAUGUACGAUGGGUAAAGGUCCAAGAGGAUCACAAGGUUCAUGUGAUGGAAAUUGGAAAAGUUUCUGACACGAGAUGGUCUUGCCAGGCGAAGCAAUUCAAUGUUUUCUGGGAGCGGUUGGAUAUCUUGGUGGAAGUCCUGCAGGAUGUGAUUGACACAGAUACGAACCCCGGUCGCAGAACAGAAGCUACUGGUUAUCUUCUGCAGAUUGACAGGAAAUUUGUGAGAUACCUGUUUGCCAUCCGACACGUCUUGAACAAAGCCAAAUUUGCGUCUGACAUGUUGCAGAAACCCUCCAAUGAUUUGAGUCAAGCCAUUGAUCUCAUUGCAACAUUGAAAGAUGAACUGGAUGACUGUCAAAGCAGGGAUAAGAUUCAAGAGUUCUGGGAUACUGCCGAAGAAGCAGCGGAUCGCUUGGAAUUGCCGGAAGAAAAAAGACCACCAAGAAAGAGGGCAACGCCUGCUUCUCUUCGAGAGUUUGUUGUGGAAGCAUCUUCAGAGCCUCAAGUAGCAAGCGGGUUUGAUGGCUACGUACAAAAUGUCAAAGAAAUACUAAACAGAACAACUGCAGAACUUUGCAAGCGGUUUGACGAAAAAAACAUAAAGAUCAUGAAAGGCAUAACUGCAUUGGCCCCCAAGUCGAAAAGCUACUUGGACCCAACAACUCUUGUCAAUUUUGCUGAGCUUUUUCAGUCUGAAAUUGGUGCACUACGCAGUGAAAUUGCCACAUUUAAAUAUAUGCUCUCAAGAAAAGAAGAAAAACACCGCCCAAGCACACUUCUGCAACUAGAGGCACACUUGGAAAAGCUAAAUGAAGCUUUCUUUGAGCUGCACCGGCUUGUAUCCAUCGCAUGCACUUUGCCAGUCUCUUCAGCCGAAUGUGAACGCAGCUUCAGCUCUAUGCGCCUCAUCAAGAGUGAUCUGCGCUCACUUAUGAAGGACGAGCGUCUAGACAGUCUGAUGAUGCUAGGUAUUCAUCGUGCCCGUGGAAGUGCUCUUGACUUGGACUCAGUAGUAGACAGAUUUAAGGCUAAGUUCCCGAAGAGUAGAAUUGCUCUGUGAAACAAUUUUGAUUCUUGGACUUGAAUUUUCGAUAUGUAGAAGUGCGUAUUCCACCGCUUAGGUCUGUUCCUAUAAAGUUACGUUGUGUUCCAGUUUUCCUUAAGUUCAGUUGGUUGCUUUUUAUUUAAAUUCAUACUUUCCAAAGAUAGGCCCUACUUGAAUUGGCAACGUUUGAUGAGUUGUAAAGAUUUAGAGUAGUUUUAAGCUUAUCUAGAGGCAGCUUUCAAAAAAAAUUUCCAGGGACGCCGGAGAAGGGGGGCGCGGGGGGGCAAGCGCCCCUCCUGCCCUUUGCUAGGAGGGGCAAGGGAGGGGGCAAACGUGCCCUUAGUAAUAUGUCAAAAAACGUAGUAAAAAACACGAUUACACCAUUUUGAUAGCAUUUUUAGCCAAUCUAAUGGGUGUAGCCACCAAAAUUUUCCCGGGGGAGUACCCCCGGACCCCCCGAAUUUUCGGCUCGCAACGCUCGCCUUCGGUCUCCAGUACCCUUACCAUUCCUUGUCGCCC